AGUAACACUGCUUGUCAGAUACGGCGGCCACACACUGAAGCAACAUUCAAGAAUUGGUGCAUCCACACUGAAAAGUCUAAAUCCUUCUCAAUGGCGAUGCUUCUGAUGAGUUUAAUGUUCGUCUUGUCUUCUGCAGCUGCGUAUGAGUGGAGAAGUAUCAACGCCACCUACGGGGAUGAGGCAAUGCUCCUGAACGUGGCAAUCGGAGAUGGCAUCAUUAAUGCGCCAGCCUCUUUCAGAGAAACAAGCAACAUCCACGUGUUUUCCAGGCAACUUGUUGCCAUGAGAAAUUCCGUGGACAAAGAAUGCUAUGUCAGACAUAUCAUAGAAUCCUUUGAAGAUUUAAAAGAGAAAAUAGGCGGUAUUGAACAGCACAACUCAUCUAAAGGCAAACUCUCCGAAGACUGGAUCGACGUGAAGAAUGUUUGCCCCAUCGAGUCGUCGGCUGUUGAGGAACUCCUGGGAGAUAAGAUCGACUGCUUCUGCCGCUUCCACAAAGUCUACUUCAUCGGCCUCGUGCACACCGGAACCGUGGAUCUCACAACGCCAUCAAGACGACGAAAACGUUCAGUGGCUGCCCCCGUAUCUGUUGCCAGUGCUUGUUGCUGCUGUACUGAACCUGUAUAACCUCACUCAAAACUGCUGACUAGUGUGCAUUCUCGACGUUUAAAUGUAUGUUAUCAAAAGAAAAACGUUAUGAAUAUUAAUGAUGCACCGUUGCAAUAAACCAUUAGUUGGACUCAAUCAC